UAUUUCUCUAAAAAGUAGUAUUUUCUGGCCCUUUAAUACAUCUGGUGGUAUUUCUAAAAUAAUUUAGGCUUGCCGGUGAUAUUGUUUACAAAACAAAGCUCUUCAUUUUUGAAUACUAAAUUACAAUUAUGCAAUAAAAAAACAUAUGUGCAGAAUGGAUGAGCAAAGAACCGCGCAAAAUCAAUAGAAAGAAGUGGCGGGUGAAUUAAAAAUAUGCGAGGAUACGAAGCCAACAAUUGUCGUUUAUGUGAAAAAGCAUUUUGCUGUGAGAACUGUCGCAUAAAACACGAAACAAACGUUCACAAUAUAUUUCCUUCCUGCGAUAUUUGUGUUUAUGGGGUAUUUUCAUAUGGAAAUAUAGAUGAUUUAUUACUCAAACAUUUAGAAACUACCCAUUUGCCAUUGUAUUGUAACUACUGUACGAAAAUAUUUAAGUGCGUUGAGGAUAUUCUGCAGCAUAGGAAAUGUUCUGUGCUUCCUUUUAAAGAAGAUUCCCCUAAAACACCAUUUGCGGAUAUUCCAUCGCUCCAAGUCGAAGAUAACCAGAGCCCAAUUUUGCAAGAGUUUCAAGGAAAAGAGCAUUUAAAAUAUGUUUUUAAUUUAGCCACUAGCACACCCAUGCAAAAAGGAAAUGAAAUUAAUUCGUUUGAAAAAAGUAGGGAGCCCCUAACACCUGUUGAUCUAUGUUCUAUGAUAAAAAAUAAAAGUAUUAUCAAAAAAACGGAUUCCAUCAAAUCUCAGCACUCUUCUAAGAGAAGAGUUACUUUUGGUCAAACACCCAAACACAAUUCUGAAGAGACAAAAUCAGGACUCAUAUCGGGAAGUCCAAAUACAAGUAGUAAUCAAUCACAUUUUAUACCAAUUGAUUCAAGCGCCAAACAUAUUCAACUAGAAAAUGCCGAACAGUUAGAUAAUAGCCAGGAUAUUUUAACGCCAAGUAUUGUAAACGCAAAAAGCGAUUUAUUUUACAGUGCGAAAUCUGAGCAAUUUGUCAGUGUAGAAGGUUCCUCUAAAAUUAACAACAAACAGUCACAAAAUACUAAACUCGAAGGUUUUACACCAGUGGCUAUUCGAAAUUCACAAAAAAUGGUAAAGGGACAAAUUUCUAAGGAGUUUAAUAAUGAAAUAUCACCUGAAAUAAGUAAUAAUGGAACAUACACAAAAGGUGAAAACAACUUAAAUGAAAUGUCUAUGGUUCUGUGUACACCAGAGGUUUCUAAAACUAGAGGAAGCAUUCGAAAACAUCCAGAGAAGGACAUGUCUCCUAUAAUAGAAAACACCAAAGAAAUUACAGAUGUUUAUUCUGAGGAAGAUAUACAUAAGAAGCACAAUGCAGACAACCAUAAAAAAGCUUGUAUAGUUCUGAGUACACCUGAUUCCCAGCAAGAUAUUUAUGAGACUGAACAACAGCAUGCAGACAAUCUUAAAGGAACAUCCAUGGGUCUGUGUAAACCUCUUUCUGAUAAAAAUGUUUAUGAGACUGAAGAGCAGCAUGAAACUAUGUGGCUGAGUGCAACAAAUUUAGAACAAACCAGCAACUUAUCUGGACAAACUGACCAAAAAAAUAAAUCUGAAUUAAAUUUAGAAAAAGAAAAUAAUGUAAACAUGCAAUCGCCCUCAAGGCAAACUAAUAGAAGAGUCAGUAUUGUUAUGCCAAGUCCCAUCAUCAAGAGAACUAAUCUUCAGAUGAACUUUCAAUUUCCAGCACAUCUUUCAUCUACUCCCAUAGUGGCUAAUAGCGAAGUAAAAAUAAGGCAUACAAAAAUAGUUGAGGAGAUAUCAACCAAAGUUUUAUCAUGCCAAACUCCAUUUAAAACGCCACAGGGAAAGUUAUUUCAGAUUGUACAGAGAAAAAUGGGGGAAAGUUCUAAACUCGGUCGAAAUUUUGCUGCUUUACCAAUGAUCGAAUCAACUUCAACAAACGAAAUUGAUAAUUUUUCAACUAGUACAAACUUAGAUCACCACGAAAGCCAAGAAGAUGAUAUUUCAAACAUAAAACCUCAUACAGAAUCACAGAUAUCUGUUAGCUCCAUGACAGAAUCCAGUUUAUGGACAUCAAUGACAAAUAUAGUAAAAAGCGUUUUUGGUGGAUUUAAAAAUUCAAGUCAACAGGAUUUACAUCAAUCAAAUUCUGCUUCGUUUAAAAGACAACACUCUGAUUCCGAUUCUAACGAAGUUUUAGAAGAACCACGUCUAAAAAGGUUUAAGUUUAGUGAUAUUAAAUGUCGUAAGCCUAUAAGACAACUUUCUGGCAACGAAAUAGCACCUAGAGUGUCUGCUACACAAUCAGGUUUAGCUACCUUUAAAAUUGUUAAGUCCGUUAGUACAUUAUACGGGUGUGAAAGAAUUAGAAUUCAGUGCGAUAAGGCAACACAAACUGAUGAUUAUUUAAUGUAUGGUUGGUAUCCUAAAGUAUAAUUAUUAUAAUGUUUAUUUUUAGACCAUGCAUACAAAAUGUUUGUUACUGUACCGUAUAGCCUCGUUUAUAUUUUUGUAUAUGUACAAUUUUUUUAAAAUAAAAUACUGUGUCUUUUA